UAAUUUAAAUAAAAAUAAGUUUUUAAGCGAAUUUAUAAACUGAAAUGAACAAUAUGUCGGCCACUUUAGACGUGCGAGUAUGCAAGCUGGGCGAGAAGAAUCAAAUCGAGAGACUGCGCGAACUCAUCAAAAAGACCAGCCUCAAGGAACUAACAGCAAUCCUUAGCGGCAAGUUGGCGCGAAAGGAUUUCAUUAAUUUCUGGAACUAUCUGUUGCUCGGCUGCGACGGGAAUAAAGUCGAGAUGCAGGAGAAGCGUUUUGCCUGCGUGCGUUGUUUAUUGGAAGGCUUGCGAUCUGUGGAGAUUAGCUACAAGCUGAGUAUUGAUUUGAUUACCCGGCUGUGCCAUGAUUUGUCCAGCUACACGCCGGAACAAUUGAAUUGGAUCGUUGAGCACUGCAUUGAUGAUUUGCGGGCGGGCGAUGCCAAGUGUAUCGCCUGGAAGGAUCUGUUGCCAGAGACACUGCUCGUUUUGGCCAUUCGACCACGUCUCAUCAUCAAUGGGAUUGCGAUGAGUGGGCCGGAGUUGAGGGACACCACUGUGCGCAAUCUGAGUACCAUGCGCUGGCCAACAACCAUACUGACACCCAUUGCGAAUAUGUUCAGCACUCUCAAACUAAGCGUUGGGGAGCGCUUAACGGUGCUGAACAAGUUUGCUGGCGCUCUCCAGGAACUGUCACCUAUGGAGCUGCCUGUGUUGUGCUAUCAGCUCUUCUCCAUGUGCACGAAUGCAGCUCAACUGAUUAUUCCACUAAUGGCGCUGGAAAAGUAUUUUCAUCGCCACUACUACAAACGUCUGUUCUCCGAUAUGUGCAGCAAUUCUACAGAUUUUGAUAGUAUCGAUGCCUAUUCGGACAAGGAGCUGCGCGAGGCGGAGGAGACAGUGCUGCAUCAUUUGAAUUACUGCACCAUGUAUCUGCUGAGUGAGCAGCAUGUGGCCAUUAUGCUAAGGAACUUUCUCCAUAUGCCCGAUGUCAUACUAACGCCAUUUAUGCUCAGCGCUAUCAUCUCGAUGACUUCUGUGAAUCGUGAUCCGGAAUCGGCGAGGUUUUCCAGCUGUAUUCUGUUGCCAUAUCUGCGUAACGUUAUCAAUCAUAACGAGGAGGAGCAAACGAUGGCCGAAUACUCGGUGUGGUGUCGCGAUACUCUGCACCGCAAGCAUGUAGAUAUGUUGCAGGUAUUCACCGUGCUCAUCGAUCAGAACAAGGAUGGCAGGGAUGUGGUUACCCCAGGUCUAGUUAACUUGGCCUUUACGCUGCUCAAGGCGCACAAUGCACCCAAACUGAAUACGUUGGCCAUCACAUUUUUGAUCAAAUUCAUACGACGACGUUUCAUGUUCGGACAGGGCAUCAUUAAGCGCAUUGCCGAGUGGAUGGUCGUCGAUCAGGGGCAGAAUCAGUUCUCGGACUGCCUCACAAUGCUGAGUGUGGCGGAUACUUAUACCGUAUCCGAAUGCCUGGAAACGAUCACAACGGUUAUGGAGGACUUUCUAUGGCUGCCUGGCGAUCAAUCCAUGCGCAUGAUGAACUUCAUUUUGCCACUGCUGAAGCUCUCCAAUCGCGUGCGAGAUGCUUUAAUCGAAGUGCUGCGUAAGGCGAUGACCAAGGACUAUCGCACACGUCGCAUGGCCAUCUUUGGCUAUUGCAUGAUCCUCAAGCAGCUCAACAACAGUAACUCGGCACGUCAGUCGCAGCAUAAGGCUAGCAGUUUCUGUACGCAGCAGAGCAUCUCUGGCUACUCGAUGAUGACGCAGAGCUCCUUUGGCAUGCACAGCAGCAUCAAUCCACAGCGCAAUUUCGAUAUGCUUACGCUGGAAAUUAUUGGCAUAUUGCGCAGCUGUUUUGAACAGCAAUUGGGCAUCAGACGCACACUCUACGAGAAUCUUCAGCGUGCUGUUGAAUUGAAUGCUAAACUGGUGCCGCAUGUUUUGCAGUUUGUCGACUUUCAUUUUCGUGGCUUCUUCGAUACGCCAUUUGUGGAUGAGGCUGGCGAUGAUUUGGAUACACAAUUUGGCAUAAAUUAUGAUCGGCUCGUUAGCGUCAAGGAUGAGCAGCUGGAACUGAAGGACAAUUUGGGCUGCUUGGUGCAGUUUGUGUCGCAUUGCUUGGCGAUCUUUGAACGUGCACCUACGGGCUGCGAUGUGCAUGAAAUGCAACGAUUGCUCACGUUCUGCACUCAACGUAUGGUGGCCAACAGAUUGCCACUGGAGGAUAUGGCUCCGCCAGCUACUCCAGUGAAGUGUGCACGCAUUCAGCAGCAGUUAAAUCUCAUCGAGGGACUCAUUUCACAUGCGCUGCUCAGCUCCAAGCCGGACAACUAUGCUUUGCAUCCAGUGUUGUCGCUUUUUAAGGUGCAUCAGAAACUGCUUAACGAUCUGCAUGGCUUGGCAGCCGCCACCUCAAAGAAAUCGAAAAAGAGCUCCAAGCAUCACUCACUCAGCGAUAGCAAUGCAACUGCUAAUCUCAGCGUGAAUACGGUUAAACUAAAGCAAAUAUGCACACAACCGGAGAAUAUUUGGGAUCUGGCUAUAAUCGAGAAGCUGCUCCAUUUACUGCACGAUGAUCAUAUACCCUUUGCGAGUGUAGCGAGCACAGCUUCGCUCCGGAGCUAUAGGCCCCUGGUGCGUUAUGUCUUCGAGAUUGCUGCUCAGAAAGUACAGUGUAUACGCGAGGAGCCGGACUAUAAACAGCUCUCCUACAGCAAGCGCACACUGAAGCUGCUGACAGACAUCUCCAAGGUGAUCUACGAGCGUUGCAUUCGUCGUCUGCCCAAGCUGUGGCGGGACUUUGAUCUGGAGAGCGCCGUCCUGGCAGCCAAGUGCUUCAUGCAAUGCACUCGAACAGCGCACGUGACAUACAGCAAGCGUUUCAAGGAGUUUGUUAAGGAUUUCGAUAUGUCUGUUAUAAAUAGAGAGAAGGAAGUCAGCUAUGUGUUGCAGGAUGUGCUGAUCAAGUAUAUGAAGGAGGAUAUUGGUAACGAUGAGGCUGCAACUCAAGCACUGCUCAGCUCUGAUAAAAACGGAGCCAAGCUGCCUGUUUAUUUGCUGGAGGCACUGGAGUUGUUCUACGAUCACAUUGGGUAUGGCGAACGUCCUGCAAUUGAUUCCUACACUUGGCUGCUUGAAUUCUGUCAGACGUAUGAGUUGCCCAAUCCCGAAAUGGGUUUGGUGCAUCGCAUGCUGUUCACGCAACGCCAGAAGACGCAUUCGGGUCCGUUCUUUGAUGGCGUUGCCAGGCAGUUGGGUCAAGUGCUCGGCUGGCAGAAUGAUGACAGAGUAAUCAAACAUUCUAAUUUGAGGUUAAAGUCGCUGAAUAUGAAUACGACAGCGAGUUGCUUGCAGUAUUUAUAUGCAGCAGUCCAGAAGCAGCUGGAAGAUGUUGAAUAUUUUGUGAUCAAAGCCAACAAUUUGAAUUACAAAUGUAAUAUUGUGCCUGAAUCGGAUCGAGUGUAUUGGCGUGGCCAUCUGGAGGCGUUGGAGGGCUCGAUCUGCACGCAGCUAAUUCUGAUAACACGUACCUUGGUGGAGAUAACAAACGUGUGCAUUCCACUGGGAAGCCAUAUGGAUGGUCUAAUGAAGCUACUGAUACAACAUUAUACGUGCCUCAAGAAUCUAACCAGACACUAUUUUGGCGCCAGCGCAAACAAGAGCCUCAAGUUUGAGCAAUUGCUGCGCAAUGUGGGUAAAUCGCUGCCUGCGAAUAUUUAUCAGCUAAUCUCGUAUGUGGAGUAUAAUAUACUCGAUGAGGAGCCUGCGGGGAAACGCACACCGCAAGCGGAACGCGACAAAGUGUUGCGUGAGACGCGUCUCAUUCCUAAAGUGAUACUGGGCAUUGAGAACUUCAACAAGCACAUCAUAUUGCUGUCCAAGAAAUUCAAAUCCUAUGAUCGUUUGUCCGAUCAUUUGCACUUUGGCGCUGUGCGUGAUUUUAAUAUACAAUCAGGUGAUUUGAGAGCUGUAAUUGAGCAAACUUAUUCGGAUAGCUGCCAGAGUGAGGUGUCCGAGAGCAAUUUGGAAGAACCCGAUGAAAAGGAGGAGGAGCAGAGGACAGCGGAGGUGCCUGUGACCGAUGCGGAGGACGAGCAAGAGCAGGAACAGAAAGAAGAAUCCUCGCCACCCAAUAAGCAACCGGAAACCUCCACUCGCGAAGCUCAACGACGACGUCGCGUUGCCAGUAACGAUGUGUCGGAGGAGUCGUCACGGCCGAAACGUAGGCGUGGUGGAUCCACCAAGAAAUAAGAGCGUCAAUCAUGGUUACGUGGAUGAGCUAACUUAUGUGCUCGGUGCAGGGAGGAGGGCAGGCGAACAAGAGCGUGCCUCUGCAUCACAUCAUCAACAGCAACAACGGCAACGGUCUCCAUUUAAGUUUUUAACUUGUGUUUUUUAUGUACUUUCGGCGCAAAUUUGAUGCCCGCACGCAAUAGAGCAACUGCCUAUCCCCUCCCACCCACGCCAAUCCCCAUCCCAACAUCAUUUUAUUGCACUUGAAAACUUAAUUAGGCCAAAAUGCGGUGUGAACGCCUAUGUUUUUCUCGUUCUGUAUUUGUAUCAACGUAUUUCUCUCCAGCUGUGCGAGAUUUUUAUUACAUGCAUCAAAUGUAAUUUGUU